AUGUCGUCUUCGGCGCACGGAGACAGCUGGCGACCGUCAAGGAGUAGGCGGAAUUUGGUGAUUUUGGUGGUGGUGAUUGUGCUGGGAUAUGUCACCGUCACGCAAGUACGGUCGAGAUCAUAUGGAGGGAGUGCAUACUCGGUGCCUCCGAGGCUGGCGGGCAAGCCGCAGACGAUAAUACAGCCCUCAGGCCAAUCAUGGACUUUCGACGCGACUCGAGAUCGUAAUAAUCACUCGCUUACUCAGGCACAAUGCGAUGCUGCGUUCCCGGAGCUGUAUCAUGAGAUCGAGCGGUCACAGAAAUAUUGGAAGGAGAAACAAGGGAACAGGCCGUUCAAGCCGAAGCAGAUUGAUAUCAAAUGGAGCGGAGAUGGUGGGAUGAUGGGCUUGAUACACGAGCAGCAGCUGUAUGUCACAUUCUCUCGAGGACUCAAUCACUUCGGGCACUGGAAGGAGCGAUCGCAUGCAACUCUGCACCAAAUACACCGAGCCAUAUUGGCUUCCCCUGAGCCGGUACCGAAUAUCGAGUUCGCGAUCAAGAUCAACGAUGUGAUCAACCUCACUCCCGAUGACCCGAGUAUCACGAUCUGGGCCUUCUCCCGGAACAUUAACGACCCAGUCAUGGACCGAGUAUGGGUGAUACCCGACUUCAACUUCUGGAGCUACCCACGAGUUUCGGGGGCAUACGGCGACUUUCAACUCCAAGCCAUGGGACAAGGAAAGGACAAAUUUAGCUCCAAGAAGGAUCUACUGGUGUGGCGCGGCACACUCGAUUUUAACCGCGAGAUUCGUGAACCACUUCUCGCGCAGAGCACUGCUCAGACCUGGUCAGACGUGCAACGCGUGGACGAGGAUGCGGCCACAGAUGUCCGGAUCACGAUGCCGGACCACUGCCGCUACAAAUACUCCGUACACACCGAAGGCACCACCUGGUCAGGGAGGCUAAAAUACCUCCUCUCCUGUCACCAAGUCGUCUUCAUUCACCACCUAAACUGGUACACCCAUCUCUACCAUCUCCUCGUGCCCUCAGGUCCAAAUCAGAACUAUGUGCAAACCGAAGACGACUGGUCUGACCUCCCGGCCAAGAUCAACGAGCUCAUCGCGAACCCAACAAAAGGCAAGAUGAUUGCGGACAAUGCUGCUAUGCACUUCCGAGAUCGGUAUUUCACUCCUGCAGCGCAGACGUGCUAUUGGCGGAAGCUGUUCCAUGUGUGGCGAGCCAUGACUUAUGAGCCUGAUCCGUGGAAUUCCACGACUUUGCCGGAUGGCACUACGCAGAAGAAGAUCAAGGGGAUGUCGUAUGAGGAAUAUGUGUAA